ACUCAACACAUCACUCUCAUAAUGCAUUUUCGGUUUCUUCUUGAACACUGAAACUUUCAUUAACUUGGUGUGACUGUGACGUUGCCCUAUUCAAUUUCUCUCUCUCUCUCUCUCUCUCUGUCUCUAUCGGUUUUGUUUAUUUUUACUUUCUGAGAGAAUUUUUUGUUGAAACAAGAUGGUGAAGAAGAUCAAAAGAAAGAAGGAGGAGAUUGCUGAGGACUGGUGUUUUGUGUGCAAGGAUGGAGGGUUGUUAAUGGUCUGUGAGUAUAGGGAUUGCCUGAAAGCUUAUCAUCCUCGUUGCGUGGCUGAAGAUGAUUCCUUUUUGGAUAAUGAAUGUAAAUGGACUUGUGAUUCACAUUCUUGCUCCCUUUGCCGGAAACCGUCAAAGUUUAAGUGUUUUUGCUGCCCAAAAGCUGUUUGUGGGAAAUGCUUUUCUGAUGCUGAAUUUGCUAUUGUCAAAGGGAACAAAGGAUUUUGCACUCACUGCUCAAAACUUGCAUUUCUAAUUGAAGAAAAUGCUGAUGUUGAUUCUGAUGGGGAAAAGGUAGAUUUCAAAGAUCGAGAUACCUAUGAAUGCUUAUUUUCAGAAUAUUAUGAAAUCAUCAAAAAAGAAGAAGGGCUGAAUUCCCAACAUGCAUACCAAGCCCAUAAAUUUUUAAAGAAUGGCAAAAACAAAUGUGACUUGGAUCCAGAUGAAAUAGGUGAAGGGGAAGAUGAUACUGGUGAUUCUGAAGACGUGAGUAACUUUAUAGUUUCUGAUUGUGAUGACCUGAAUGACACAGCAGGAUCAAAAUCAGCGAGGAAAAAGAAGGGCAUGGGAAAGCUGAAAUCAAUGAAAGGAAAGGUGAAAGAUAAGAAGGAGUUUAUUGGAUGGGGUUCAAGAAUGCUAAUAGAAUUCCUUAAAUAUAUCGGUAAAGAUACAAGCAAAGAAUUUUCUGAACAUGAUGUUACCUCAAUCAUUAUAGAGUACUGCAGAGAAAACAAUCUUUUUGACCCUAAGAAAAAGCGAAAGAUACUUUGUGAUGAACAACUUAGGUCUUUAAUAGGGAGGAAAUCAGUAAAUAAAAACAGCAUACAAAAUCUUCUCGCACCUCACUUUGCUGAGAAUUCCGAAGAAAUGGAUGAUAUCAGUAGUAGUUCUGAAGAUAGGGAUUGCAAUGAACCAGUCAAUUUUUCAAGAAAGAGAAAAUCAAUUUCAUGUACAGAAUCUCAACAUCCAAACCUAGUUUCUGAAGAGCGUCAAAGCUGUUUCGCAGCCAUAGUUAGUUCAAAUCUCAAGCUUGUCUAUUUGAAGAGGAGUUUAGUGGAUGAGCUUUCAAAGCAGCCAGAAACUUUUGAUGGCAAAGUGCUAGGAAGUUAUGUAAGAGUCAAAUCUGACCCAUAUGACUAUUUACAGAAGAAUUCCCAUCUGCUCGUUCAAGUUGUAGGAAUAAACAGAUCUUUAAACAAUGGUGAAAUCAACAAGGAAAUUAUGCUUCAGCUUUCUAAUGUGCCAAAAGCUGUACCUAUCUGCAAAAUUUCUGAUGUUGACUUUUCUGAGGAAGAAUGUCAAGAUCUGUAUCAGAGAAUGAGAAAUGGUCUGCUCAAACAGCCUACUGUACUGGAGCUUGAGCAGAAAGCCAGAACUCUACAUGAAGAUAUAAUGAAGCAUUGGAUCCCGAGGAAGUUAGUAUUGUUACAAAACCUUAUUGAUCAGGCCAAUGAAAAGGGGUGGAGGAGACAACUUUCUGAGUACAUGGAUCAAAAACUGAAGCUUGAGACACCAUUGGAGCAAUCACGUUUAUUGAAUGACAUUCCAAAAGUAAUUCCUGAAAUAGUUGAUAACACUCUGUCCCUGAAGGCUUCCCCAACGAAAGAUAAGCUUGAGCAAAAUGGCUUGUCAGAAUUAGCCAGUGGAAAGACUUGUAACUCUGCUGGACGCCAUUCCAAACACAGUGGUUUUGUUCACUGUCUAAAUAAUAGAACAGAUGUUGCAGUUGAAAUAAUUGCUCAAGAUGGAAUGGCAUCAUUAGAUAGUUCUCAGACAGGGGGAGAAAAACCACUGUCAAAUAAGGUGCAACAUGUUUAUACACGAAGGAAACUACAACAGAAGAAAGUACAGCCUAUCAUCCCGACACUAGAACAAAUAGAUUUCCUAAUCUCUUCUGAAAUUGUUCCAGGUCCAAAAUUUGCAGUAAAGGAAAACCAAGAUGAUACAGCCUUUCCUGUUGCCUCUGUUGAGAAUUUGUUUGCCGAUACGUCUUCCCAGGAUAAAGGCACUUCUCAAAGAAAUCUGCCUCAGUCUGCCUCAAAAGCAAGGCAAGAUGGUCCCGAGGCUACACAUUUUGAAGAAUUAAUCAAUCCAGCAAAGCAAGAUGAUCCUGAGGCUACACUCUUUGAAGAAUUAAGCAAUCCUGCAAAAUAUGGCUUGUGUCAACCAAGGAACACUGAAUCUGGUUCUGUUAUCAUAAAUGGCAGAAAUCUGAGUGGUACUGGAUAUGCUGAACAAAUAAUAAAGGAAAAGCAAAGCAUUCCUGUUGUGAGUGUCAAUGACAAACAGGAUAUGGGUAUCUCAGCUAUUCCAGUUGAAGAACAGGAAAUUAGCAUUUCAACGACAAAUGUCAUUGUGUUAAGUGACGAUGAUGAACAAGAGGCCAAUGCUGCAGAUAAUUCAAUGGGAAGAAAGGUGGUGGAGAGUCCUGAAAAUUCUAUUUGGUAUUGUGUAGGUCCUUAUGGUAAAAAAGGAGGACCCUUCUCAAUGUCUGCACUCAAACGUUGGAGUGAUAGUGCCUCACAUCCCUUAGAAUUCAAGGUCUGGAAGACAGGUCAGAGUGAAACGGAGGCAAUACCUCUCACUGUUGCGCUUAACCGAAUUUUCUCAAGUAUGUAGGUAAAUGGGAAUGAAGGGGGAAAUCACUUCCUUAAUUUAAGUACAUAAACAGUGUUAAUAUAGAAUCAAGUACUUAGAGUUUUAUGCCUUCCAAAAAAAAAAGUGCUCCAGAGUUUUAACCAAAUACAAUAGUUGCUUGUGUGGAAUGCUGCCAAGUUAAAAGUACUUAAUAUAUGAUUUUGUUUUCUUUUGGUUGUAAAUUUGACCAAUAAAAUUACAAACCAAAGUUUGUAUGCUUUGUGCAUCUUGGUCAUGCAAUUUGAGCACAGACUGGGAAUUCAACCCAGUGAAAGUUUUAAAGUUGUUGGAUUUGCUUAUGGAAUCCCAACAUGUAUUCGUUGUGCC